CUCCAUUGCACUAUAUCCCGUGAAGUCUAAGCAUUUAUUCGACCUGAAGAACACCAUAUUGGACCAAAGCCAAAAUGUCACAAGUAAUCGAUUUUCGUGCCAUGUCGCCAUCACAGUUGGCUCGACAUGUAAACGAUCUUGCCAUCCAAAAUGAUGUGGGAACAAUUCUUGACUUAUGUAUAGCUUACCCCGAUGUCUUUUUCGGGAAAGAUUACAAUAUCGGUCAACGAGACGCUGACGAUCAUAUGAGCUUUCGCCCAGGCCAAGGGCGAGGGGAAACUAGCACACCCCUAGGAAAUAUUGAUCCCAGCCCUUACCUCAGUUUUGCGAUAGAACGUGAGGGCACUCCACUUUGGUUAAUCCGUGCUUUCCUACGUGGACUCGAAGACCGAUAUCCCAGCGCGAUAAACGGCCUGUACGAAAUCCUUCGGACUACUGAACCUCCACUCCAUACCGCUGUACGGGCUGGCCGAGCUGAUAUCGUUCAAGAAUUGCUUAGUAGUCCGUUCAUCGAGCCCACCAUGAGGCACACCGCACGUUCCGCUAAAGGGGACGAGUGUGAUUUUGCGGGUCAAGCACACCCACCCUUGUGUGAUCCUGAUACGUUCACUACGACCUGUUUGACUGCGGUUGAGUAUGCUAUACAGCUUUAUGUGCACCCUGACAAUCAGAACAACCAGAACUUGCUCGACAAUAUUGAAGAUUGCGCUUUAGCUCUUGUUGCUUUCGGAGAAUUCCCAGCACCGGUGACAGAGGACGAUACGAUUGUUCCUUUCUUUGAGCAGGCAAUUGUAGCAGGCAUGAAUAGGUAUGUGAUUGGCGUUUUACAUCGAAUUCUUAUGCAACCACCGGAGUUUGGACACCGACAACUGUUAGUCCUAAAGGGACUCGCUUCGGUCCUCUUCUACGUGAUCCGACUAGAGUCCGCGCCAGACGAUAACCCAAUCGUCAACUACAUCGUUACCACGUCUCUCAUAAACAGCAUGUUCCCAAUGCCGCUAAACCCAUACUCCACCUACUUUAACCCCCUCGCAGACUGUCUAGAUCAAUUUAAACCGGAAAAUGCGUCGAGAUUACUGCACCUCCUGCAGUACUUUGACUAUGCGAACACGUCGGAGGGAUUAGACUACGUAGAAGCCCUUUUAGAUCACGAUAUAAUAGAGUCCCGAGCGGCGAGUGAUGAUCGGAACUUACCAUUCUUCAUCGCAUACUUAGAGUACUUAGAAUGGAUGACAGAGGACUCGCAAUUCACAGAUGACGUCGCAGACCGGUUCGAAGUAAGAAAGCAGCGGCUCGUCGAGACAGCAUUUAAAGCCGGUAAGGAUUCGCGACAAAUCGUGCUCCACGCGGUACAAGAGGGGUUCAGAUCGCCGUACCUUAUGCGAAUCGCAAUCGAAUUUAACCACCUUGUAGGUGUCGCCGCGAUCGCAGGUUCGUGGAAGAGGGAAGGAAUAUCUUUUGAAGACGAGCUGCCCGUUCUUCCAAACACUUCAACCUUUAAAUCUGCUCCGCCCGCUACAGCGUUAGAUGAUGCUGUCAGGAGUCAGCAAAUCCCAUGCAUCCAAGUAUUACUCCAUUAUGGUGCGGAUCCCGCGUCCGUGCAAUUGUCCACAUGGGGUCAACUUUACGAUAGCCUUAAGAGGGACGUAAAACCGGAAAACCAUCAGCUCGUGAGGGAGACAUACUUUUCAUACAGUUCGGACCAUGGGGACUAUCGACUUCCGGGCCUAAGUCUAGGAGCCUAUCGCAAGCUUAAUGAGAGAUCGAAGCACCCUAGGUAUGCCGCUGAUGACAUGAUAGACUGGGUAUGGUCAAAUGUUCUGGCUGUGGUGGAAACUGCGCUUAAGCAUAUAAGAUAA